AUGCCGGAAGAGAUUCUAAAUCUGAUUCCAAGAACAUCUCCUUGGCCCCCUCGAAAAGCUGAACCUGCUGGAAGAGGCGAGGAGGAGGACGGUCCGAACAUCCGGGACGUUGGCCGAGUUCAAGAACAGCUGGAGAAUCCAUCGGAGACGGACGACCACCUCGGGCUGCUGUUGAACCUGCCGGAAGAGGCGAGGAGGAGGACGGUCCGAACUUCCGGGACGUUGGCGCCGAGUUCAAGAAAAGCUGGAGAGUCCAUCGGCGACGGACGACCACCUCGGGCUGCUGUUGAACCUGCCGGAAGAGGCGAGGAGGAGGACGGUCCGAACUUCCGGGACGUUGGCCGAGUUCAAGAACAGCUGGAGAAUCCAUCGGAGACGGACGACCACCUCGGGCUGCUGCUGAACCUGCCGGGAGAGGCGAGGAGGAGGAGGACGGUCAACACAGCCGGAACCGUGGCCAAGUUCAAGAUCCUAUUCUAAAUCCGAUUCCAAGAACAUCAUCUCCUUGGCCCCCUCGAAAAGCUGAACCUGCAGGAAAAGGCGAGGAGGAGGACGGUCCGAACAUCCGGGACGUUGGCCGAGUUAAAGAAAAGCUGGAGAGUCCAUCGGCGACGGAUGACCACCUCGGGCUGCUGCUGAACCUGCCGGAAGAGGCGAGGAGGAGGACGGUCCGAACAUCCGGGACGUUGGCCGAGUUCAAGAAAAGCUGGAGAGUCCAUCGGAGACGGACGACCACCUCGGGCUGCUGCUGAACCUGCCGGAAGAGGCGAGGAGGAGGACGGUCCGAACAUCCGGGACGUUGGCCGAGUUCAAGAGCAGCUGGAAAGUCCAUCGGAGACGGAUGACCACCUCGGGCUGCUGCUGAACCUGCCGGGAGAGGCGAGGAGGAGGAGGACGGUCAACACAGCCGGAACCGUGGCCAAGUUCAAGAACCUAUUCUAAAUCCGAUUCCACCCCAUCCGAGACCACCUCGGGCUGCUGAACCUGCCGAAAGAGGCGAGGAGAAGGACGGUUUGCACAGCCGGGAUUGACAGACUUGAGACUUUUCCGGAGACGGUUGACCACUUUCGGUUGUGGUUACUGAAUCCGCCGGAAAAAGCAAAUUCAAAGACGGUGCGCUGCUUAUUCAUUAACCCUAUUUUUUACGUGAUAUUUUUACAUUAAUAAACUUUAAUUGUUACGCUGAGUGUA